GGUAUCGUCUCUACUCAAAUAAUUCACCUCUUCUUGAAUUUAUAUGGAAGACAAGAUCCAAACAGCCACAUCCUGUAAUUGCUGCCGUGCACGUUCGGCCAUCUUGCUGUGACGGGAAUCGCCGGCCCCGGAGAUCUGCUAAUCCCAUUUUCACUGAACAAGUCUUCUUCUUUAAUACACAUUUAUCCAAAUUAAGCUAGACAAAGGAGAAAUUGGUUUGUGUACUUCACUUUAACGACAGCGACACCACACGUUUCCUUUCGUUAUCAAUUCCUUCGACCAUAAGUUGUUCUCCCUCGCUCUAUUUCCUCACCGGCAUCAUCAUCCUGUGCCACAUCCACGAUCGUCUGCGUUACUGCGUACUUGAAUUGCAAAUUUAUAAAAAAGUAAAGUUAUGUCUUUGGACAGCAAAAUAUCAUCACCUCAUAGGAGGACACAGUUACAGACGGCAUUUUCAGUCUCACCAUCCCUCAAGAAACAAAGCUCUCGAGGCGAUGAGCAUGAACUCGGGAGUUGUACAACCCUAUUCCACCGCCAUCGCUUCCUCUUGAUCGCCCUCGGCCUUCUGGCGUUCCUUUGUACCAUAUAUCUCUACUUUGCGGUCACCCUCGGGGCCGCUGGCAAUGGCACAUGUUCUGGAUAUACUGGCACAGAGAAAGUGGCUUGCCAUUUGGAACACGGGAAGGCAUUUGCCAAAGGGAAAUUGAAGUUCUUCUAGCAAUAUAAUUUGAUGGUGGUCUGGGAUCAGGUGUACCACCAGAUUGUCCGUUGGCUUGAUUAUUUAAACCGCACACAGUCGGCAAAAUACCUGUAUUUAUUUAUCCUCUAAACUAGCAUCCGUU